AUGUCCGAAGAUGAUGUAGAUAUGCUGGCCGCUGACGGCCAGGGCCCCGGCAAGGUCGACCGCGAUCGUCGCGCGCCGCGCUUCAGCUGGACGCCGGCAUACGAGGCGACAUUUUUCCGGAGCCUCUGCGAGAGCGUUCAGUUGGGCCUGCGCGAGAACAGCAGCUUCAAGGCGGAGGCUUGGGAGCGCGCUGCCCAGGCGCUCCAGGAAAGCCACGGCGCAUCCCCGACCAAGAACCACCUCAUCAACAAGAGCGAUAAUGCGCGAAAGCGCUUUAGGCUGUGGAGGGGUUUGCGAGAGGAUCCAGACUUUGUGUAUAAUUCCAAGGCCAGGACAGUGACGGCGACGGAGGAGGCAUGGCGGGCACACAUAGAGCGAGAACCUUUGUCGCGGGCACUUAGAGGGCGGCCGUUCGAUCACGAAGACUAUAUGGAGACUCUGUACCCGGAUGUUAUCGGCUCCGGAGGCGCUCCCAAGAGAAUCAUGAAGCCAAAGCGACGAGAUGGUCAACCCGGUGAUGAUUCUGAGCUGGGUGGGGCGAACACGUCUCUUUUGUCGGUUGAUCAGGCUGUGACCGGCCAGCAGUCGGGUCUCGAGAGCCCGAGCACGCAGCCCGCACUAAACGCAAGCUCCGGUCCGCCGAGCAUCACAACGCCGCCGACGGCUCUCACCUCGGCCACCACGCAGGGGAGUGCCCUGACGCCUCCAGAAGACACGGCGGUUGUGAACAAGAAGCGAAGCCUCGCAAGCAUAGACUUGGAAUGCUCGCUGUCAGCCUCCAACACGCCGUCGCGGCCUGAUGCGUCCCAGACCGGGUCGCCCGAGAAGCGCAUCCGUUUUUCUGCCUCCGAGGACGGAGCACCUCCUGCUCCAGCAGCAUCUGCCAGCUUGUUGUCAGCGCCACGAACGAUGAGGCACAGCGACUCUGGUUCGCUGGACAGCGAUGGUGGCAACCCUGGUGGUGUGCAGGACCUGUCGUGCGCGGGGGCGCCGUCGACGGCGGCGGCGAGCGGUUCCGCCCCGUGGCGGGAGCAGGCUGUCGAUCUGUUUUACAGGGACUUUUCUGCAGAAGAGCUGGACCUGCAGGUCAAAGUUCCGCAGGAGCUGCUUAGCAAUGAGCAUACGGCCAUGGUAUUCUGCAAAAUGCCCUGCCAGGUCAGAGAGCAUUGGGUCCGAAGCCUUCGUGGCGCUUUGCGCUAA